CUUUUUGUCCGUUCGUCUUGCCGUAUCUGACACGGCGGGAUUAACUUGAAGGAGUCGCGGAAUCUAAACAGUCGCAACUUGACAUGUCUUAAUUUGUUCUUUGACACCGUAGCGCAUGAUCACGGGCCACACUGUCAGGACACACGAGGGUUCAACGUUAAAGAUGUGCUCUCUGGCGCUGUUUCCCCCUCCGCUGCCCCGCGGACAGACAACUCUAUGCGAGGCCAACAACGAGAUGCUGCCAGGGACCGACACUCAAGCCCGACUCAAACACGACUCUAGUGCUCUCAGCCUGUAUUUCCCCCGAGAGUCUCUGAAGCUCCACAGUCGCACAGAAAUCAGCAGCAAGGCAGCUUUUCUGGACCACUCUGAAACACUGUGGAUGAGGAGUGCAACAGCAUGGCGUGAUGGUGGUUUCACAGGGCUGCUCAAUGAAAUUACCAACUCGCAUACAGAGGUGCCCAAAUGGCUUACAGUGAGUUCUGGCUGUAUCCUGGCUUUGCUCCGAUGGGUCUCGUCUUUUCAUGGCUCCCUUUAUCCUCAUCUCACAUUGAGCAGUGAGGACAUGAUUGCUGAGUUUUCACAAGUGCUGAACUGGUCAGACUGCGUGGUGCGAGCCUUUGCCUGGCAUCCUCAUACAGAUAAAUUUGCUGUAGCCCUUCUGGACGACUCAGUUAAGAUCUACAACCCCAAAAGUGCCACAACUCCCACACUGAAACACCGCCUGCAAAGGAGUGUGGCAGCAGUGCAGUGGAAGCCGCUGUGUGCGUCCGCCCUGGCUGUCGCUUGUCAGAGCUGUUUGCUGGUCUGGCAUGUAGACCCCUGUUCAUUGUCAACCAGGCCUUCCUCUGGUUGUGCUCAGGUUUUGUCUCAUCCAGGUCACUCUCCAGUCAUUUCCAUCGCCUGGUCACCAAGCGGGUCUCUUCUUGUGUCGGCCUCACCUGUGGACACAGCAAUGAUGGUUUGGGAUGUAGCUGCAGAAAGCUGUGUGCCACUUCAACGUGUUGGAGGAGGUGGGGUCACCUUCCUGUCCUGGUCCCCUGACGGCAGCCAUGUGCUGGCUUCUACACCAUCUGCCCUGUUCAGGGUUUGGGAGACCAGAAUGUGGACCUGUGAGCGUUGGCCAUGUGUGAAAGGGCGCUGCCAGUCUGGCUGUUGGAGUCCAGAUGGGAGUCGACUUCUCUUCACUGUCCAGGGAGAGACAGUUAUCUAUGCUCUGACCUUCACUGACGCACCAGCAGGUGUUCCUACAAGCACAUCCAAAGGGCCGCAGGCAGCAGCAGUGGUGGCUGACCUGUCAGAGACGACCUUUAACACACCAGAUGGAGACAUCAUUGUUGGCGGAGAGAUCCAAUCUUUAGCCUGGGAUCCAAGAGGGGAGAGGCUUGCAGUGCAUCUUAAAGGUGAUUCACAAGCAGCGGACCGGCCUGCAGUUAUAGCUGUGUUCAAGACAAGAACCAACCCUGUCUUUGAGCUUUUGCCGUGUGGUUUUGUUCAAGGGGAACCUGGUGCAGAGCCAAGACUGAUGCAGUUCCACCCGAAUUUCCAGCACGGAGCUCUGCUCACGGUGUGUUGGUCCACUGGAAGAAUUACCCAUGUGCCUUUCUACUUCCUGAGUGCUGGUUUCCCACGUUUUGGCCUCAGCAGCAGCCCUCCACUGCCGUGCUUGCAGGAAAGGCCUGCUGACUUUGCCAGUCAUUCACUCUUCACAGAGCUCAUCUACUGACGACCAUCACAUACCCAAAAAUCAUUUUUGUUUUCAUGGAUUGUCAAUAAAUGUAUAGAAAGUUCUUGUUCUACUAA